AUGGGGAAUGGGUUGAGUGGUGCUGCUUCGGUACCGGCCCUUCGAGGACAGUGCCGUCGGAUUCACGCCGCCGCCCCGAACCAUCGCGAAGGUCUCACAGGUGUGGACGACGAUGCGUUUGUAGACGUCGACCGUCCACCUCAUCCUCCGUCUUCCAAUCGUCGCCAUCGCCGCCGCUGUGUCCGGCGGGUCGACGUCAUCGAUGUCAAUCGCCGCGUUGGCGACAGCGGUCGCCCGAGACAUUGCCAUCACCGCGGCAUGCGGGUGUCAUCGCCAUCACCGUGUUGGCGACGGCGGUCAUCCGAGACAUCGCCAUCACCGCCUAUGCGGGUGUCAUCGCCACCACGGCGUUGGCGACGGCGGUCGCCCGAGACAUCGCCAUCACCGCCUAUAUAUAUGCGGAUGUCGGCUCUGCGAUGUCGUUGUCGCACUAGAGCUACCACACUCACGUCACAGCCACGGCGGCUGUCUCCAAAGUCGUCGAGUCCAGCACCUCCACCUUCGCCGGAGACACCGCCAGCACCUCCUCAUUCGCCGGAGGCACCACCAGCACCUCCUCCUUCUCCAGGCCUCCCUGGCCCCCGAUGCAAAUGUGAAUGUGGCCUGUGUGAGGCAGGACAUACGCUAAAUUAUUUUAUUUAG